CCCGUGCCGCCGCGUAGACGCGCGUUUUGAAUGCGCUCUUUAAAAAAAUAGCGUUCGAAUUUUGAAAACCGUUAAAUUCUUUUUUUUCUUUUGGAUUUUAGAAAAGAGUGGAAGUUUAUUUUUUUCAAACAUUUUCGUUCAGCUGGAUAUUUGUUUUUUAUUUUUUUUUAAGUGUGAAUGUAAGGGGCCUUUUUCCCUGGGAGAGCAUCACUAUAGCAACGAGUGACGUCAAGUUCAGGGGCGGCUGGUGCAUUUUCGUUCAAUAUCCACUAGUUUUCGCCUGCAAUAGUGUGUUAUUUGAUUUAUUUGCACUGUCAUAGGACGUAAUACUACAACAUAAACGAUCCAAUCGUGUUCGUGUUCAGUGAAUCAAAAGUGAAGUGGAGUGGAGAAAAGUGAGUGACGCAUUUAUGUUGUAAGUGGCGCCGGUGUGUGACCCAGAUGUGACGAUUUACGAGAGAGCUCACUUACACGCAUAGUCAUGAGUUUGAUGGCGAUCAUAAAGUUCGGGUACGCGCUAGUCGUGGUCACGUUGCUACUGAUGAUAUGGGCGUCUCUAUCAAGAGCUUUAGAACUCCACGUAGACACUGGUCAUCCACCAUGUCUUUUUCAAGCCCUCUGCACGUGUUCAAAACCAGCAGGAGACCUGGGCAUCGUCACCUGCGCCAAUGUCCCCAUCCUUAGGGUUCCAGCCGCUGUCAACAAUUCGAAGGUCUUCACGUUGCAACUGACUGGGAACAAGAUUAGGGAUUUGGAACCUCAGUUUUUCCAGGCGACAGGAUUGUACAGACUUGCUAUCAACCAUAAUCCUCUGGAGACUAUUCACGAAGAGGCGUUCUACGGAUUGGACAACACGCUAUGGGAGUUAGAACUCAAAUACGACAAGCUGACGGCUGUACCCAGCAGAUCAUUGAGGUAUCUGCAGAAGCUAAGGCUAUUGGAUUUGACAGGCAACGAAAUAACAGAUAUGAGUGGCGACAACUGGCGAGGACUAGAGAAUACUCUCCAGACCCUGAUCCUAGCUGAAAACUCUGUAGCCAAUCUUCCACUAGAUGCGUUUACUGGUCUACCGUUGUUGGAAACAUUGGACCUUCGUGGAAACCAUCUGGCGAUCAUCGAUAGUGGGGUUUUUAGAGAUGGCAUGAGCAGGCUUAAUAAGCUGCUGCUGAGUGACAAUCAGUUGGCGUAUAUACCUUACGAGGAACUGUCUCCACUUCGUCAAUUGCGAGUUCUAGAUCUGGCGAAUAACAUCAUCAAACAAGUUCCACCUGUUCACGAGCUUCCUAAUGGUAUUAAGCUAUCUUUGGAUUCCUUGAAAUUAGACAACAAUAACAUCAGAGCGCUGUUCCCCGGAUCCUUCAAGUACUUCAAUGUUUUGAAUUAUACGUCAAUGGAUGGAAACCCAAUGUUCUACAUUAGAGAAGACGCAUUCCGCAACGCAAAGAUAAAAACUCUUUCUCUCCGAGACUGCAGCCUGACAGACCUGUCACCAGCUGCUUUCGCAGGAUUGGAAAACAGUCUACAGAGCCUCGACCUUUCUGAGAAUAAUUUGACUAUUGUUUCCAAAUUCAUGUUAAAUAAGUUGGAUCUGUUGCGGUUUUUAAAUCUUAAGGAGAAUAGGAUCGACAUCAGUCAUCUAGUAUCAACUACACCAUCGGAAUACCUCUCGACAUCACAGCAUCUCACUAACUUCCAGUACAAACUAUUCUCUCUAGAUUUGAGUGGCGCUUCUUCCAUUGAGAUGAGUCUUCAGGAUGUUAGAAAAAUGCGUUCGCUUCGUUCUCUGGCAAUCAGCAAAUUGAUCAAACGCAGCAUUAAUUCAGACGACUUCCUGGAUUUCGGUUUGGAGCUGGAAGACUUGAAGAUCUUCGGCAGUACGAUCACCAGAAUCGAAACAAGUGCCUUCCAGAAUGUACGAACUAUUAAGACAUUGGAUUUGUCAGAAAACAGCAUUGACUUUAUUGAUCCGUAUGCUUUUGCUGAGCUACAUAGUCUUACAACCUUAAAUAUGGCCAACGGUCUAGCAGACACUGUAAGGAUACUACCUUUCGAGCCUCUCAAAGCGUUAAUUGAACUUCAAUACUUGGACUUGAGCAACAAUAAAUUGAAGAAUGUACCUGACACUUCUUUCCACUUCAUGUAUAAGUUGAAGACGUUAAAUCUGCAAGAUAAUGAAAUUGAUCAUUUCUCUAAAGGAACUUUACAGGGCGACAUUCACAGACAACUAGAAAGUAUUUCUCUCAACCUAAACCAAAUGCGGCAAAUUGUCCAACACACAUUUGUCGAUUUGCGAGAACUGCAAGUGAUUUUAAUAGAAGAUAACCUAAUAGACUUCAUUCAGAGAAGAGCAUUCACUAGUUUGGACAAUUUGAAGGUUAUAAGGCUUAGAGGGAACAGGAUCAACGAGAUUAGCGAAGAGGCUUUCCAGAAUUUACCUGCUUUGAAAGAGUUGGACAUCUCAUUUAACCGACUCUACACAUUCAAAUUCUCGAUCUUCGAUCAAGUUGGAUCCGCUACAGCGUUGAAGGUCAACGUGUCCUACAAUGGCAUCAUCGCACUAACUGACUCCAAUGCACCUAGCAUUUUCACUGCUAACUUCUAUCCGCCUCCAAAAGCUCAAAGCUUGAUUUCAGCCGACAUUAGUGUUGAAAUUGAACCAGGUCUUGGUACAGUGUCGGUCAAUAUCAGAGUACUGGAUUUUUCACACAAUAAUAUUACCUAUAUUGCGCCAUACUACUUUAGGCACGCAGAUUUAACUCUAUCAGAGUUGUACCUCUCACACAAUAAGCUAAGGAAUAUAACUCGAGAGGUAUUCGGAUCUAUGAGCAUGCUGCAAUAUUUGGAUUUAUCGCAUAACUACAUUUUCGACUUGGAAUAUGACUGUUUCAAGAAAGUUCGAAAUUUGCAGAUAAUCGAUCUGUCACAUAAUUAUUUGAUAGAGUUGCCUGUGGAAGUAUUCCAUGACAUGCAGUUCUUGACAUCGAUCGAUUUAUCUGACAAUCACAUCAGAAAUCUGGCUGAUAAUUUUAUCCCUUCACCCGCCCUAGAGAGAUUGGAUCUCUCCAACAACGAUUUCUCAAGAAUACCUACAAACAUUUUGUCAAAUGCAGCAGCUGCAAACUUGGUGGAACUGGAUUUGAGUGGAAACUCCAUACCAGCUAUAUCUAUUGCAGAUUUUGUACAAAGAUUCCGGAACCCCGAGCAAGGCGAAUACUGGCCCGAAGAACCGGACUACAACGAUGAGUACAUGUACCACACGGCUAGGCGAGAUCACACCAGAGUUUUCCAUCAAAAAAAGCAAUACCCGCAGAAUAUUCUAUUCAAGUCUCUUGCUUGGUUGGAUCUUUCGAACAAUCAUCUAGUGCGUAUAGAAGGCGGUACUUUCGCAGCGUUGCCUAAGCUGCGUUGGUUGGAUUUAAGCAAUAACUCUCCUUUCAACUCUGGUGAACGCGGUAGUCAAGUCUUCAAAGGGCUAGAAAGGAAGCUUUCCCAUUUAGGUUUGAGAAAUGUCAGCUUGAUACACAUUCCUUCAAUGCCCCUGCCAAAGCUGAAGAGUCUUGAUUUAUCUUUCAACAACCUGCCAACAAUACCUCCAGAUUCGACUGCCAAUUUAACUCGGCUUCGAGCAUUAGAUCUUUCUUACAACGACUUGACAGCUGUCCCUGUUGCAACCCAUUCCCUCAAUGAUCUUCGUUGGCUGUCACUCUCCGGCAACCCUAUAACAGCAAUGAUGAAUACCAGCUUUUACGGAGUAUCACCUCGAUUAGAAUACCUUGAUGUGACUAGGUUGCGAACACGAAUACUUGAGCACGGUGCUUUCGCAAAAAUGUACGCCCUCAGGACACUAAAACUCUCUGUAUACGUCAAUGUUAACUACUUUCAUCUACCUAGCAUGUUAAACCAUAACGCUGCACUGAAGAACUUAUUGGUAGAAAUGGACUACGGCGGCGUGGAGUUUGGCAAAGAAAUGAACAGUGGAUCUCUACCGUGCAAAUUAAAUAAUAUUACGAUAACUGGAAGACAUUUGAAAUAUCUAUCUCCUUAUUUACUUCUUGGUGUUCAUUCUAAAGAACUUCGUCUCACAGUAGUGAACACAAGCAUUGAAGAGAUAGCAAGUGAAGUAUUUUGGAGACCAGGACGCGUCAGGAACUUGACUCUUGAUCUAAGAUGGAACUAUAUCACUAAAGUUCUUAACCCAGGACAGAAUCAGUGGCCUGGAGUACCCAAUACUGUAUUCUUGCACGACAUUUUAGUUGCUGGCAAUCCUUUAGUCUGUGAUUGUGGAAUCGGAUGGAUCGAAGCUUGGGAUAGAGAAAGAAGACAGUAUCUGUGUGAAAGUCCUUCUAAGUGUGUCGCCACCAGAGAUGAUGUCAGAUUUGCUACGUGCCCCUACUACGACAAUAGAAGUUUAAGUGAUGUAUUUGCAAGAGAUUUGGACUGUAGUUGGAGCAGAGGUUUCCUAAGUGCACCCAACAUUCUCAUCAUCAUGGGGAUGUCAAUACUAACAGUGCUAUAUAUUUGAGGGUUGUUUUGGCUAUUAGGAGUUUAUGAAGAAUUCUAUUUGAUACUCUCCAGAGUGUAUCAGUUCUAACUUCGGAUUUACCAACCUUCCAAAAGGCUUUAAAAACUAUUUUAAGUCUUAUGGGACGGUGAUCCAGAUGCGAGUGAGAUUUGUAUUUUAUGAAAAGAAUUUUCAUAUACUGCACCUGUUUAUAUGGCCUACAAAACUACUUGAAUCUUGGAGGUGAUCCUAUAUAGCCAAAUCUUAGGUAGUGUUAGUUGUACGGGACGAAAUCCAGGAGCUAUUGAGUGGACAUUUGAAAUACAAAACUCAACUGACUGGCGUGUUUUAAGAUAAAAUUGUAGCCUACUAAAUUGUGAUUUAUUAUUUAAAAAGGAGAAGUGUGAUCUCAAGGUAUUAAAUCUUUGAAAGUUGUUACCAUAGAAUCUUUUGACUCUUAGUGCACAUGUUUGUUUCCCUGGUUUUGGAUGAUAGUUAUAAGGUUUUAUUUUGACGAUUUUACGCAUUUUGUGCACUGCCUUGCAAAUCGAGAUUUUUAAUCCAAUUAUUUUAAGAACAUUUUUAGAAUCACAUGUGUCUGCCAGUUGCUCCAAAGUGGAUUUCUACGUAUUCCUAAGAUAAGAAGAAAAAAAUAAUGGCUUCAACUACGACCAGAGACCCGCAAAUGAGCAAAAGGCAAACCCGUGUUACUUCUGAGAGGGCCCUAACUAACUUCAUGGUGCGAAUAUUAAGUCAUGCAUUGUUUGUGGAAGUGCACUUAAUGUGUUUUAGAUUGCAUUUACGUCGGUUUUAUGGUAGAUAAGUUGAACGAAAGCAAUGACUUAAUUAUGAUCGUCAGUAGACUGCAUUCGCUCGAAUGAUAUUAUGUGUUCGUCCAUUGUUAAGAUUAAUAUAAUUUAUAGAUGUAUUCGUUUGUCUAUUAAGAAAUAUUAGUCGUAGUAUUAUAAAAGUUAUUUUCAACAUUAUCCUUAUAAUACUCUUCAUCUGUUUCUUUUUAUGAGUCCUUCAUUGCGAUUGUACCGUUAUUUGUAGAAAAUUUGUCCAAAGUUUUAUCUAUAGAUGUUUCCAAAAUAUGUACAAAUAAUUCAGUGUCUUUAAUGCAAUUGCCUAUAAACAUACUUCCUUCGACAGAAGCUUAACUAGCAAUUUACGCUCUUCUAAUUGUUUUAGCUGUUCAAAUUCUAUCAGGUUAAAUCGUUAUUAUAAAAAAGUAAACAUAUUUUAUUACAUAUUAUGUAUAAAUGUCUGUAGUUAUUAUAAUAACGCAUGCUGUAUAUUAAACAAGUGACAUACGAUAUUAUUCGGGGAUAAGUAGAGUUUUAUCGACUGAAUUUAAAUGUUUCAGACCUACCUAUCGCUCUAUAUGUGUAAUUUUAAGGAAGUUGUUCAUAUUCUAGACUGUAUGGUGUCCAAUGUGGUUUUUUUUUCUUUUUACUUGAUGUGCUUUUAUUUGUGCUUUGAGUACAAACCAGUAUUUCAGAAAUACAUAUUUAAGUUACGUAUUGGGAUUUAUAAGCAUACUAGGUGUUUUUGAUUCAGUUACACUGCAUGGUUUUAAUUUAUCUAUACUUACAAAGUUACUAAGUUUUCUUUAAGUAUAAGGAUAAUUCAGAAAGAGUGCAGUAACAACCCGUAAGCGAUUUUUUUGUGAUUUUAUUAUAAACAAUAUGCACUUUUUUAAAUUAAGAACGUUGAGCUGCACCGUAUUUGAUAUCACCGCGGACUAAAUGAGUUGAUGUCAUUAAAGAGAACUUAGUAACUUGUGGCUUCCUGAAAUUAAGCUUAUUUACAUAAAAAGAAUAGAAUUCAAUUUGAAUACCUCUUAUUCAGUGGUCCAGUUCGAACGUGGUUGUCAGGCCUAUAAGUAUUUUGUUUUCAAUGCCAUUUCAUUCCGACUGGUGCGAAAAGUUGUAUGAAUAAAUCUUACAUUUUCAAUGCACCAAAGAGGUUAGGCCAAGUUCCUAUAAGACGAGACGUGCGAAAAUCUUGUACCAUCUUGGUUUUUAAGAUUUUGGAAUAAUUUUUUUGGGAAUUUUCAAGUUUAUGGAAUGUUUUCAGCCUAAAUAAAAAAGUGUAUAAUUAAUAUAACUAUUUCGUAACACACGAAACAUUCCAAAUUAGUAUGUAUUUAUAUAAUGCAAGUUAUAAAACGGAAUGGUAUUGAACACAAAAGACGGGAUAAUAAUUGAUAUAUUUUGUGAUAUACAUACAUAUAUAACUCUAAACCUUCUAUUUUUGAUAAAGCCUUCUGUGGCUAACGGGAAUUGUGUAGCUGAAUUUAUCAAACUGUCGCUUUUAACAUAGCUAUGAAGAUUAUUGUCAAUUGUCUAUAAUCGGGUUUUAGAUAUUGAUAUAAGCGAAACUAUUUAAAUAUGGAAUGCUUAUACAGAAAUCGAGUUUUAUGUGUAACAGUUUAUGUGGGUACUCGGUAGUGUAUCAGCCAAGUUUAGCACAGGAAUACUAUCAAGUUAUACUUCCCACCACCACAGAUAAUAUUUUGUUUACAUAAUACUUAUUUCUGUCGAUAAAUAUUGUUGUAAUUUAGUGUUCGACAAAGCUUAACUGAGUGCACGUAUCCUACUUAUUGUAUCACAGGUUAAAUAGACAAUUACUCAAAUAUCUUAAGAAUAUAACGACACCUAUUAUAGUGUAAUAAAACAAGUAUGGUAACUUCAUACAAACGUAACAGCGCGGUUUCUAUGGGUGCGCGUCCGCCGAGUUGUUGUGUAUGGACGCACACACUCACAUAAUUUCGUGACGCACUCGCGUUGUAUGGCGCUGGUCGUCACACGGGCCUUUAAAUAUUAUGCGAAUGAGCUUACCAUACUCAUCUCAUUAUACUAUACCAAUAUCUUCUGAAACUCACACAAAUCUUUAGUUUCUUUAAGUUGCUCAAUUUUAUCUACUACUUACUCUAGUAUAUAUUUUUCGUAAUAAAAAUUAAACUUCCUCUGCAAGGUUCCCAUGUGAUAGAAUAGCUAGUGCCAAUUGACAUAGUGGUAGAUAUAAAGCAAUAAUUUGUGUUUGUACAAUAAAAAAUACCAUACAUACAUACAUACAUGACUUUAAAAUUAUAGAGCAACUCAAACUGCCUAAUAUUAAUUAAAAAUAAUUUAAGCGACAAUUGGCAUUACAACAGUUUGAAAAAUUAAAAAAUCU